GCAGAGGAAGAAUGCUUUCGCACAGGCUUCCGCGUUACACUUCCGGGUACCACAGAUAGAUCUUUCAACGGCCACAAGCCGGAGUACAAAGCAAUUGUUUUUAUUUCCCCGAAUUUUUUUUGUACUCGCCCUUUUUACAGAAUGAAUACUGCUUUGUCGAGGGCCAAUUCCCUGUUCGCCUUCUCCCUGAGCGUGAUGGCUGCGCUCACCUUCGGCUGCUUCAUCACAACAGCCUUCAAAGACAGGCGGGUUCCCGUGAACGUCCACGUCUCCAGAGUUAUGCUUAAGAAUGUUGAUGACUUCACCGGUCCCAGAGAGCGUAGUGACCUAGGUUUCAUCAACUUCGACCUCUCUGCAAAUUUGCAGCCAAUUUUCGAUUGGAAUGUCAAGCAGCUCUUUCUUUAUCUUUCUGCAGAGUACGCUACUAAGAGUAAUUCUCUCAACCAGGUAGUGCUGUGGGACAAGAUUGUCCUUCGAGGUGAAAACUCCAAUUUGGUCCUCCGAGACAUGAAGUCCAAAUACUUCUUCUUCGAUGAUGGUAAUGGACUAAGGGCUAACAAGAACAUCACUCUGACCUUGUCUUGGAAUGUAGUUCCCAACGCUGGAAUACUCCCAUUGGUAUCUGGGAAUGGCUUUGUCAGUCUCCCCUUCCCAGAAACCUAUGAGACCACCAAGAGUUACUAAUUGAGACCCUUAAAAUGCGGGACGCAAACGCUGCCUUAAUGCAGCUUGUUUGGAAUGUCAGCCGUACCCAUCUGCAGUUGUAAAUGGUUUUCUUUUUUGUGAAAAAAUAAAAUCUGAAUUGUG